CAGCCAUUUUGGAUAGCUUUCUCUCCAACCAACUCCAGCUUCAUGACAUGUUGCUGCCUGCAAAGUGCAAACAGCCAGUGGAUGUUAGUAAACACACAGUUAGUCAAAAACGUGCUGCAUGUGAAGUGAAAAUAUUUCCCGAGUAGUGUUUACUUCUGCAUAUAACGGACUACCAUAGUAAGUUCCCCCUGCUCUGUGUUCUCGGGACGCUCGUGUUAACUUUCACGGGGGUCGUCCCAUGUCUUGACAGAUCAGGGCUGGCUGAACUACAUUUGUCUACCAUAGGAUGCACUAUGUGGCGAGUGGCUCCCUGUCCUUCGGUUCUAUGGGCCUGCUCCGUCUGUUUGGGGCAUCUUGGACCUGGAGCAUUGCAGCAGGUCUGGGAGUUUAUUUAGGAACGGGAGGCUGGCGGUACCUGUAUGUGGUUGUUCGAACGGCUAAAAGGGACAUCAAUGGGCUUUAUGUGCUGCUGAGGGUCAAACUGGCGCUAUGGCAUCAUAUCCGUCACAGAAACACCAUACCCUCCAUCUUUGCACAAACCGUGGCUAAACACCCAGACAAGCCUGCGCUCGUGUAUGAAGCCACUGGGGAAACAUGGACUUUCUGCCAGUUAGAUCAGAUCUCCAAUGCUGUGGCCCAUUGGGCACUGAGCCAGGGCUGGACCUCAGGAGAUGUGGUGGCGCUCUUCAUGGAGAGCCGGCCGCUCCAAGUGGCGCUCUGGCUUGGCCUGGCCAAAGUAGGUGUGGAGGCUGCGCUCAUUAACUUCAACCUCCGAAAGGAUUCGCUCCUGCACUGCGUGGGUGUGUCAGCAUCCCGAGGAAUGGUGUUUGGAGCAGAGCUAGCGGACGCCCUGUCUGAAGUGAGCUCUUCCUUGAGUGAGACCAUGGUGCGGUUCAGCACCGGAGACCUCAGUCCAGACCAGAUGGCCGCUCUGAAAUGUCAGCCUCUUGACCCCAUUCUGGCAUCUUCCCCUCGACACUCACCACCGUGCACUGUGUCCAAGGGCUUCAGCGAUCGUUUGUUCUAUAUCUACACUUCUGGCACCACUGGACUUCCUAAGGCUGCUAUAGUGGUGCACAGUCGGUAUUACAGGAUUGCUGCUUUCGGGUACCAUUCUUUUCGUAUGCGGCCAGACGACAUCAUCUAUGACUGUUUACCCCUCUACCACUCAGCAGGGAAUAUUAUGGGUGUGGGCCAGUGUCUGAUUCACGGUAUAACCGUGGUGGUCAAGAAGAGGUUCUCUGCAAGUCGCUUCUGGGAAGACUGUAUCAAACAUAACUGCACUGUUGUGCAGUACAUUGGCGAGAUUUGCCGUUACCUGCUGUCCCAGCCUGUGCGGCCCACGGAGCGACAGCACCGGGUGCGUUUGGCUGUGGGGAACGGGCUGCGGCCGAGCGUGUGGGAAGCCUUCGUGGAGCGCUUUGGGGUAAAACAGAUUGGCGAGUUCUAUGGAGCCACCGAGUGCAACUGCAGCAUUGCCAAUAUGGAUGGCAAGGUUGGAGCUUGUGGGUUUAACAGUCGCAUUCUUCCUAAUGUGUACCCCAUUCGACUGGUGAAAGUGAACGAGGAAACCAUGGAACUGGUUCGGGACAAGCAGGGACUGUGUGUGACUUGCCGACCUGGAGAGCCUGGGUUGUUGGUGGGGAGAAUUAAUCAGGAGGAUCCUCUGCGUCGGUUUGAUGGAUACGCUAGUCAGGAUGCCACCAGGAAGAAGAUCGCCUACAAUGUGUUUAGGAAAAAUGACUCUGCUUAUCUGUCAGGUGAUGUUUUAGUUAUGGAUGAGCUUGGAUACAUGUACUUCCGAGACCGGAGUGGGGACACGUUUCGUUGGAAAGGUGAGAACAUCUCCACUACUGAAGUGGAAGGAACACUGAGCAGCCUGUUGGGACAGAUUGAUGUAGCAGUGUUUGGAGUAAAUGUACCAGGUGCGGAGGGAAAAGCCGGAAUGGCAGCCAUCGCUGACUCAACAGGAAGAUUUAACUGUAAUUCUUUCCUGAGAGAAGUUCAGCAAGCACUUCCUCCAUACGCACGGCCAGUAUUUCUACGCAUCUCCCCAUGUGUAGAUACCACAGGAACAUUUAAAAUUCAGAAGACCAGAUUGCAGAGGGAAGGAUACGAUCCACGGCUCACAACUGACCAGAUCUACUUUCUGAACUCCAGAGCAGGCCGUUACGAGCUUGUGAACGAGGAGCUGUACAGUGCUUUUGAAGAAGGCAGGAUAUCCCUUUGAGACGAAGAAGAGAAGGUAGCCUGAACCUACCUGGUCAUCUUGUGACCAACAACAUGUGACAAACAGAAUACUGCGACAGAAACCACUCAGAUUAGUUCUGCUAGCAUGUAGACACUUUUUGCAUUUACAUUCUUCCAAUUUAAAGUAUUGCAUUUGAAAAGGUUUCUACGAUUUGGUAGCCUACUAGAAAGCACAAGCUGUAUCUUGGCAAUGACAAACUAAUUAUCUAAUAUGCAAUAGAUGGGACAGUAAGAGUGAAGUAUUAUUUUAAUGUGUUAUUCUUAGUUGAUGGUGUGCACAGGUGACGAAUACAUGUGCACUCCCAAUUUAACAACCAAAACAACAACACAAAGCCAACGGGAUGAAAGAUGAAACUCCACUAUGAUGCCUGCCUGGCUUUGACAUUAGGCUUAUACCACUACAAACCAGCAAGUUAAAUGCAUUUUGAGCCUGAAUGAUGAUGAUUACUGUAUAUUAACGAAAUUGAGAUUUUUAUUACUUAAACAUUGAUGAAAUUGCCUAACUCCAAAGUGACUUUUAGAGAGCUGAAAAAUACAUUGUCUUUGUAAACAGCCAAAAUGAAGUGCCUUAGAUUUUACCUCUUCAAGCUUUAAUCAUGUGUGAUGUGACAAGAUGAAUGGCCUGAAACUGAUACAUGAACAAAGACAUUGUGGAAAAACUAAAACAGUGUAAUUGCAUGAAUCUACUGCAAUCUAAAUGAAUAAAUAAACAUUUUUACAGCA